CACACACAAAUGAUGCGUCAGAAGCUGAUAGACGAAGAGCUGAAGACAUGGCGCAAACGUUUAAUAGAGAACCAGGAGACCUGAUUGAGAUAUUCCGUUGGCCCUAUAAGCACUGGGCCGUCUACAUCGGAGAGGAUGAAGUGGUUAAUUUAGUUAAUGACUGUGGUCAGUCAUCUGUUUCGUCUGCAAUUUCGAGCAACAGCAAUGGAAAGGUGAAGCGUGAGAAGCUCACUGAUGUGGUCGGCAAUGACCGUUGCCAGGUCAACAACCUGCUUGAUGAAAAGUACCAGCCUCGUGAUCCUUCCAUCAUAGUGAAGGAGGCCCUUGCGAUUGACGGCCGCGAGCUACAGUACAACAUUGUCACUUACAACAGUGAGCACUUUGCUACCGAGAUGCGAUACGGCGUGGCAGUGUCUCUGCAGAUGAAAAAACCCUCUUGGAUUGCAAACGUCGCAGGCACCGCUGUCACCUUGGUCACCGGAGCCUCCGGUGUCGCUCUAGGAGUCGCAGCAGUUGGGGCAUUUGUUACCUGUGCAGCUCUGAUUCGCAGUCGUUCCAGCAGUUAAGAGGAAAAGAACAAUAACAAAACAAGAACAAAUCACAUACACUGGCAACAAUUAAUGUUGGCAUGUAGCUGAGAGUGAUUAUGAUUUAAACUUUUAAAAAAAACGAUUUCACUUGUGCAAUCUGGAGAGAAAAAGGUUGUUGUUCAACACAGUUAAAAGACAUGUGACCUUGAAUCAGAUAAGCAGAUAAGACAUUAAAUCAUUUGGAUGAUUAUCAAUCAAUCAAUCAAUCAAAUUUUAUUUGUAUAGCCCAUAUUCACAAAUUACAAUUCAUCUCAUAGGGCUUUAACAGGGUGUGGCAUCCUCUGUCCUUAACCCUCAGCAAGAGUAAGGAAAAACUACUAAAAACCCUUUUAACAGGGUAAAAAUAUGUAGAAACCUCAGAGAGAGCCACAUGUGAGGGAUCCCUCUCCCAGGACGGACAGAAGUGCAAUAGAUGCCACGUGCAGGAAAACAUCAUCAAUAAUCAAAGUCUCUAGCAGCAUUUGAUGAGGGUAGACAUCCCGAAGGACAACCCCAACAUGACAUGCCAAGCAGUCCCGCUGCAAGCACAGUCCAUGGUCAGCAACCAUCCAGACCACGAUCCACCAUCCAGACCAGACGCCACUCCAGUCCUCAGUCUCCGUCCACCGCCGCCCACCAGGACCCAUCACAAGCCACCACCGCGGUCCUGGUCCACCGCCCG